GUUCCACAUUUGUACAAGACGCAGUACAUUCAUAAAAUCAAAGUGAACCGACGCGCAUCAUCUGGAAUCGGAACGUAUCGCGCGUGUGCCAUACGUUCGCGCCAUCCCCGACGUUAGCAGAUGUUCUUGUGUUUUCGACGAGACGUCAAUCCCAGCGAGCCGAACCUCAAACUUCCGACUUCGCGGCCGUUUUUUACCGUCCGGGGGGGCCGUAGCCCCACGAAACCUUCACCAGAUGCUCCCUCGUUGUCUCUAGAUUUUGUCCGAUGCAAAAAUUUCGUGAUCCGACCGAAUCGAAUCGCCUUUUUCGCCCGAUUUGUCAAGACGUGUCGCGCCUGUCCUGAUCGUACCUUCUCGGGCACCAUUUUGUUUGAACCGGACGAACAUGUCGAAAAAAUCAGAUUAGUGACUGGAAAAGUUCGUUUCCGGAUAUUGCGAACCCGAGGAAUCAUCAGGAACCAUCGGUUUUCCGGAAAAAGCGCUCUUUAGAACCAGACAAGGCUCUGACUACUAUUUAUACCAAUGAAUCAGUCAUAGUAAAACAACCGCACAAACAUGCCAAAACCACCUGGGAUCAUGUAUCAGGGUGAGAGCCCUUCAAAAAGGAGAAUGGCGAAUAGCACCACACCAGAUAUGACCAUUGUCAAGGAUGAGUACAUUAAACAAGAGUUUACGCCAAGCCCUCAUAUGCUGGACCAUGCAUAUGUGACUCCUCAAAGCCAGAUUAUUACACAAACACCUGCUUCAGCUCCCUCUGUUAAGCGAAAAUUAAACCUCGAAACCUCGAAUUUCAAUGUGGUGCCGCUCAGUCACAAACACGAGUUUAAAACGCCACAACCGAAACGUCAGAAAAAGGCGGCGAUGCUCCGAAAACCGCGGUACGACACCUCCUUGAGCUUGUUGACCAAGAAGUUUUCAGAAUUGCUUCAAAACAGCCCCAACGGAGUGGUGGAUCUAAAUAAGGCCUCGCUGGACCUACAGGUGCAGAAGAGGCGCAUCUAUGACAUCACCAAUGUGUUGGAGGGUAUCGGAUUGUUGGAGAAGAAAUCAAAAAACAACAUCCAAUGGAAAGGUGGAGCAGAUAACGGUAAAUUUUUUAAUCUCAAGAGAAAGUUAAAACUUCUGGAGGAUCGAGAAAAUCUACUAGACAAGCAAUUGGAAAUGGCCGAGAAAGAGUUAAGAAAAUUGGGAAAUGACAAAUUUGGGUAUGUGUCGUAUAAUGACCUGAGAUCCCUAUUAAAAAUGAGGCAUAAGACUGUGAUGGCGAUCAAAGCGCCGCCCAACACUCAGCUGAGCGUUCCUACCGGUGAUGAGAGCAACCUCGCUGAAAGAUUUAAAAUUAGGAUGAAGAGCACAGAUGGGCCUAUUGAGGUAUUCCUGUGCCCCGAACCGCCAUCGCCAACAAAACAACCGAUCGAAACAACCCGUCCGGCCGAACCUCCCAUGGACCCCCUAUUAAAAGGCUUUAGUCCGGGCAACGGGCUGUUCGAACUCGUAGCUUCGCCCCCCGUGCCCCAACUGGACAGUCCCGCGAUGCCGCACUUAAACGCGGUGGGGCGCAGGCCCAUCUCGUCGCAACUAUGUCGCUCUCUCUCUUUCGUAAAGGACGAGUUCGAGACGGCAAGUGUCCCGGCUCGGGAGGAAACGUCCACGGCGACUUUUGGUGGUUCGUUGCCACCCUGCACCGUACAAUUGGAUCCGAGAUUAGAAUCUCCGCGAGAGGUGGCGGGUCUCGGGGGAGUUAGGACACCCUUUAAGGUUGCUUACUUCAAUGAUAGUCCGCUGGGAGGGCUCAGGGGCCUUGGUGGACAGAAUUGUGCUGGCAGUUCUAAUGUUAUGGACCCAUUCUUCUGCAGCGAACCGUUCGUCUCACUAGAACCACUCAUGCAGCCCGAGUACAACUUUAGUCUUGACACGGCCGAGGGAUUAGCCGACCUCUUUGACUUCUCCGAUAUCUUGUGAAUCCUUUAAAUACACGAUUAUAAAUCGUUUAAGAAUACAAAAAAAACGAACUGAUGACGGCGAGACGCUUAAUAAAAUAAAGCGGGGUAAAACGUAGAAAAAAAAAAACUGAUGAUAAUUGGUACAUAUUUGUUUCGCGGAUAUUUUUCCAAAAUUCGAUAUUUUAUGGACUCUAUUUUUUCAUUAUUUUAUGUUAUUUUUUUUGGGACGUUUUAGGAUAUAUUAAGUAUAAAAAAAAUCAUGACCAAAGUGCCUGUUUUUUUAUUGUUUUGGUCGUAUCUAAUUUAUUAUUAUGUUAUUUCGAGAAAGUUUGUGCGUAUAAAUGGGUUAUUUAUCAGGGUAUUUUCCGGUCGGUGCCAUUAACGUAGUUGCACGCUCUGUACAUAUUUUUAAUUGUUUUUUUCCCUUUGGCCCCGUUUUUACUACUAUUAUUGUUGUAUUAUAUACUUAUAUAUUUUUGUUUUUAAUGUUUUUAUUAUUAUAAUUAUUAUUAUUUAGAUUCAUCAAUUGUUGUUUUGCAAUAUAUUUAAGAUCUCGUUUUAAAUAGCGAAAUUUAGGAAUUAAAAAAAAAAACAGUACAACUUUUCUUCUCGUUAUUAUUUGUAAAUAAUAUUAUAAAGUAUGUUUUUUUUUUGUAAGCGAGUAUAAUACAAAGUCCAACUGAUAGAGGCCUUAAAAAAACUUUUUGUAGACAUCACUGAGAUCCGUGUACAUACGUGACAUGUCAAUAAAAAAUAUGUGUCAUAAAAACA